AUGAAUCGCACAGGUGCUUGCAUAGACGUAGGGCAUAUAACCUCGGCUAUUCGAGCCUGUUGGGCUGCAGAGGGCCGGCGUGAGACUGCUGCAAAGUUUCUGUUUCAGCUUGGUCGGAGCUUGGGCUUGACUCCGAACAUAGCCACAUACACUUGCUUGAUCGGUGCCUAUGCUCAGGCUGGCCUGUGUGAGGUCUUGGCCGCAUACCAUGAGAUGAGAGGGCUGGGUAUUGAUCCUGAUUCGGCCUUCGCCGAGACAUACUUGGGCACAGUGCUGUGGCCUCUUCCGCAAGAUAGGCAGGGCGCGGCAGUUGAGGCUGAGCUUGUGUCCAGGCCACCGGAGAGGUUAGCUGCCGCCAGAGAAGCUUUGGCGGACUUCAAGUCAGUUGGUGUUGAACUCACUGCGCUAAGCGCGCGAAUCGCCAAAGCGCUUCGUGCUUUGGAGACGAGAGGGCAAGGUUAG